AGCUCCUGCUGAAAAAAUAAUAAAGCACUAGCCUUUCGCCACGCAAAACUCUCUUCCUCACCUCAGUUUCUCCAAAAUCACAACGUUAUACACAAGCAAGAACGAGAAUCACUGUAACUCUUCUGGGUUUUCUAUUUAAGACAGAUUUUGCUUGUUGUAUUUCAACAUGUUUGUGUAAAGUUCGAGUCUUGCAGAUUUCUACAACAUGCUUAGGUUUUAUUAGGAGUUUAUGCUUUAAGGUUUGAUGUUUCUCUCAUGUGGGCUAUUCAUUUUCUGGCUAAUUCUUCUAUGAACAAGCAAAGAUAUUUAGUGUUGAUAGCAGGAGAAGCAAUUAAACCAGGGACAAUGAAGGAAGAAGAUGUGAAUUGUUGCCAGAUUCAGGAAUGGUACCCAAAAUUCAAGUCUGUAUCCAUUAAAACAGUAAUCCAUGAACUUCCAGAAUCUUUUGUCGUGUACCUUCUUGAUGAUUCCGGUCCUUUCCUCCUCCCUCAUUCUAUCUCAGGCGAAGAUGCCCUGCCCAAUAGAAUUCACAACCCUGUAGAUGAAGAAGACUAUCAGGUGUCAGAAGGAUCUGGAGAUGAAUCAGAACAACCACCAUUGCCCCCUUCUUUCCCAGAACUUGAAUUGAACAUUAAGGAGUCAAUUAAAACCCUUGGAGGUGCAGUUUUUCCUAAGCUGAACUGGAGUGCUCCAAAAGACUCUGCUUGGAUAAGUCCAUCUGGUUCCCUUCGCUGCACUUCGUUCAGUGAGAUAGCAUUAUUGCUUCGGUCAUCUGACUCACUGGUCCAUGAUUUGUGCCACGCCUAUGACACAUGCAGUGACAAAACCUUGUCAAGACCCCCAAGUUUCUUUCUUGCUCUUCGCAAGUGGUAUUCAUCUUUCUUGCCUGAGAUGGAAUUUCGUUGCAUUGUUCGGGAUAAGCAACUAGUUGGAAUUUCACAGAGAGAAGUGACUACAUUUUAUCCCACACUCCUUGAGAAGAAAAAUGACCUUCUGUGGUUGAUUGAGGAAUUUUUCACAGAUAACGUGAGACUAAAAUUUGAAUCAGAAAAUUACACCUUUGAUGUCUAUGUGAUGAAGGAUGGGCGUGCUAAGAUAUUGGAUUUUAACCCAUGGGGUGCAUUUACACUCCCGCUGCUUUUUACAUGGGAGGAACUGGAGCAGAAUCUCAGGGAAGAGGAGGAUGGGGUGAAUUUCAGAAUCGUGGAGAACCAGUGUGGAAUUCGGCCAAGUCUGAAAACAGCAGUCCCGCGAGAUUACUUGGAUACUAGCCCAGGGAGUGGUUGGGACCAGUUCUUGAGGAAGGCUGACAAGGAGUUGCGGGAGCAGAAAAGGUCUCCUGAAAACGGUGCCUGAGGGUUCUAAUUAUUUUUUGACUUCGAGGUUGCUGUGCUGUUAGUUUAUCCUCGUUGGUUUCAUUGGCAAUUAGUACGGUUUGGACAUGAACACUGGAUCCAGUACUUUUGCCAAGCAAGGGACAUAUGUGAUUCAACAAUAAUGAUUUGUAGAGAAGCUUUGUACUAGAAAAUAGUUUUCACAGAUGCAGUUUAACUUUCUUCUUGUGUAAUAGAUUCACCCAGACAUUGUAAUGUUACUUCUCAAUGGAUUGAUAGCUCCAUGAGGAACUGAUCAUUAGUACAGA